CUUGAGCCGAGCUGCUCUGCAAUUGCAGCAAGAGAGGUAUAGGGCUGAGGCGUGUUGGGAAUUACAGACAGGCGAUCGCACAGAAAAGACACACAGAGGUAGUCGUGAGCAUAGAGCCCUUGACAACAAAUAGGUGUCCCUAGUUAAAGGUCUCCACAGAAGGCUGUGAGCAGAAGAAGGGGCCCACCCGGAAUCAGAACAACCCUUACUGGCCCAGAGCAGCCAUGGAGGACAAGAAUGACAGAAGAGAGUCUCCACUUCAGAUAUCUUCAGGAUCCCCUUCUCUCAUGACCCCAGGUACCCCUGGGAGCCCCCAGACACCCUCUGAGCCAUGUGACCUUGGUGAUUCUCUGCCCCGGACACCCCGAUUGGACAGUCACUCCGAAGAAGAAGAUGGUGCUGGGGUAGGUGGUACCCAGGGCAGGGUUCACCAAGGUUCCAGAACCCAGAGCCCAGAGGGCGGCUCCGUGGAGGCUGUGUUGGGCCGGAAAAAGCACCGUCGGAGGCCAUCCAAGCGCAAGCGCCACUGGCGUCCCUACCUGGAGCUGAGCUGGGCAGAGAAGCAGCAGCGGGAUGAGUGGCAGGGCCAGAGGGCCUCCCGGGUCCGCGAGGAGAUGUUCGCCAAAGGCCAGCCCGUGGCCCCCUACAACACCACGCAGUUCCUCAUGAACGACCGAGACCCCGAGGAGCCCAACCUCGACGUGCCUCACGGGGCCUCGUACCCCGGCUCCGGCGGGGACAGUGAGGUGGGGGACAGUGAUGGGCACGGCCAGGCCCACGGCGAGUUCCAGCAGAGGGAUUUCUCCGAGGCCUAUGAGCGCUACCACACCGAGAGCCUGCAGGGCCGCAGCAAGCAGGAGCUGGUGCGUGACUACCUGGAGCUGGAGCGGCGGCUGUCACAGGCCGAGGAGGAGACCCGCAGGCUGCAGCAGCUGCGGGGCACCGCCAGCCGGCAACCCUGCCGACAGGUGGAAGAGCUCGCUGCCGAGGUGGAGCGGCUGCGAACGGAGAACCAGCGGCUGCGGCAGGAGAACGAGAUGUGGAACCGAGAGAACAACUGCCUGGAAGGAGAGCCCGGCACCUAGGGGCCCCCUUCAGCCCAAUGGACCCAAGAAGGUUCCCUUUCCUGCACGCUUCAGCCUCUCAAGGAGGCAGGUAGCAGGUGAAAAUCACUCUUACCCCCUGCACCCCAGAAGACGUCGAUUGCUUCCGAAUUCCAUGUUGUCAUCUCCACAGUUAGUGCUUCCAAGGCCAUCUGGAUUCUCUCCCCAAUCCCCUAAAA